AACUCAGUCUUAGCAUAAGAUAGGAAUUUAGAUUAGCAAAUAAACAGAUUAGGAUAAGAUUUAUUAUUUUGGGAGGUGGGAGGAUAUAUGGGAACAAUAAGUAACAUAGAUAGAUUAGAAUAGACAAAGGAGGUAAAUAACUGGUGUGAGCCAGGGGGACACCAUGCAAACACCAGGAAAUGGAGGAUUUGUGACAGAGGCUGGCACAUAAAAGUGCCAGGCUGAAGAGUGUGUGGAACUGAUCACCUCAAUGGGGGAGGGACCCCAGGACUGAGGAAUCUUGAGGAGAUGACUUUGGCUGGUAGAGAAGUUGGGCUCUCAGUUUGGAGAAGCCAAAGAGAGUAGGUGGGAAAAGACUUUCUCCUGAGGGUUAUCCACCUUUCCUGCUGGUGACUAGAAAUCCUUUCCCCCAACAUUUCCUAAUUGAAAGACUUUUGAAGAGGAAGCCUGAGAAGGAAAUUUUAAAUCUCUGUCAGAUUUUACUUCAGCUCCUGUUGCCAAACCCAGGUUGGAAGCUAGAAGUACCCAAGAGACAGCAAGGCCCAGAGUAUAUGGAACCCAGAAAAACAGAAGACUGAAGAUAGUGAAAUUCUCUUGCUACUUGCCAACUCUACUCUGCUCCUCAUGAAGGGCAGGGCAUUGAUCUCUACCAAUAAAGAGAGUCCCAAGCCAGUGGACUUUGAGACUGAAUUUGUAAAAGGAGCAGAACUGAAAAGUAAGAAGAGAGAGGAAGAAUGGUCACAUUAUAGGCAGAUGAAGAAAGAUUAACAGAAAACUACAGAAGGGGCCAGGAGAGGAAGGCAACCUGAGAAUUUGCUGAAAGCUGUACUGGGAGACAUCUAUAAUUUUGGUUUCUAGCAAUGGCCCAGAUAAUUGUCCACCCUAAAACAGCUCUUGUGGAUGUACCACUACAGAUCCGAGUAACUGGCCUGCUCCCUUCUCAGUUGAUAAUGUUGCAGGCAUCAUUGACGGAUGAAAGAGGAGAGCUCUUUCAGUCUCAAGUCUUCUAUAAGGCUGAUGAAAAUGGAGAGGUAGACCUGGAGCAUGCAGGAGCACUUGGAGGGGACUAUGUGGGUAUCCAUCCUAUGGGCCUCUUCUGGUCUAUGAAACCCAAGAAGAUGUUAUCUAGGCUAUUGAAAAGGGAUGUGAUAAACAGCCCCUUCUUGGUUCAUCUGAGUGUGUAUGAUAUAACGAAGCCUUUCAGUAGUUCACCUGACAGUCUUAUGGCCAGUGAGACUGUGGAGCGAUGGUACUCAACCCCUGGAGUACAACGAAUCCAGUUAAAGGAAGGCCGAGUUAGAGGAGCUCUCUUCCUACCACCAGGAGACGGUCCUUUCCCUGGAGUAAUUGAUUUAUUUGGUGGCAUUGGUGGACUGGUCGAGUUUCGGGCCAGUCUCUUGGCCAGUCAUGGCUUUGCUACAUUGGCCUUAGCUUACUUUGCCUACGAUGACCUGCCCAAAAACCUAGAUGUUAUAGAUAUUGAAUACUUUGAAGAAGCUGCUGAUAUCCUCUUGAGACAUCCCAAGGUGCUUGGUCCCAGUAUUGGGAUAGUUUCAGUGAGCCGAGGAGCACAGAUCGGAAUGGCCAUGGCAACAUUCCUGAAGCAGGUGGCAGCCACAGUCUGCAUCAAUGGUGUGUUUUUGGCAGAACAAAUUGUAAUCAAGUACAGAAAUGAGAAAUUUUUCUCAUUUAGUCAACAUCUAGAAAGGCUAAGAAUAAAUGAGUUGGGGCUAUUAGCAUUUUAUAGUGCAUUAGGAAACCCUCAAGAAGAGGCAAAUAAGCAUGGUCUUUUGCCAGUAGAAAGGGCCGAGGGUCAUAUCCUGUUCAUUGUUGGAGAGAAGGAUUAUAGCGUUAAUAGCAAAAUUCAUGCUGAGCAAGUAAUGGAGCAACUGAGAAGACAUGGGAAAAACAAUGCCACCCUGCUCUCCUAUCCUGGAGCUGGGCACCUAAUAGAGCCUCCCUAUUCCCCUUUAUGUGUGGCCUCAAUGAACCCCUUUAUCCCAAGACCUGUUUUGUGGGGUGGUGAGACCAUCCCUCAUGCUGAAGCCCAAGAGCACUCCUGGAAAGAGAUUCUGAAGUUCCUCAGACAUCACCUUACCCCAACCAGCAUCAGUAAACUGUGAGAUGAUGGAUGGAUCAAAGGUUGCCAGAGGCACAAACUAGCAGGACUAGAAGGGACCUUAGUGAUCAUAUGCAGAGCUUUCCAGAUGGCCUUAGUGAUCAUCUAGACCAGAAGUUCUUGCCCAUUUUUGUGUCAUGGGUCCCUUUUGUAGCCUGGUAAAGCUUAAUGGAUCUCUGCACAAUGUUCUUAAAUGCAUAAAAUGAAAUACACAGGAUAACAAAAUAAUUUGAUUAUGCUGAAAUAAAAAAAAAUUUCUCCCAUCUAAACUCAUGGGCCCCCUAAUUCCUUCACUUUGCAAAUGAGGAAAUGGAGGCCAAAAGAAGGAAAGCAACUUGCCUGCUUUACAAGAGUCAAUGGUCAGGAUAAAACUAGAGAUCCAGGUUUGAAUACAUGCUAAAAUUCUUCUUUCUGGAGCUCCCCAUGAGACUAGGUAUUGAAAUGAAACUUAGAAAUCUUAGUCUCAACCCUAGUUAUGCUAGGUUAGCAGAAUAUAAACUCCAUGAGGACAGGGAGGGAUUAUUUUUCAUUUUUGUCUUUAUAUCUAUAUCUAUGUGCCUUAAAGACACAUGGGAGCUGAUUAAUAAAUCUUGAAUUUAAUUAGGAAAUGAUGUGGUACUCUGUAGAGGAUUGUAGCUUGGAGUCAUGUGGACUUGAAUUAAAAUUCUAGUUCUGACAUUUACUAGUUAUGUGAUUUUAGAAUUCAUUCUUCUCACUGUCCAAUGAGUAAAAUGAGUGUUAGACUAGAUGAUCAAUCUAAAAUCUUUUCUAAUUCUACCUUUCGAAUGCUAGGAUCUCUAUGGCUCCUUUCUGUGUGGGGCCUAUGAUCCUAUUAAAUAUAAUUUUCUUCCCCUUUUCUCUGUCAAUCAGUCAGCCAUUUCUUCGCACUUUAGAGACAAGGAAUCUAGGACCUCUCCAGGCAUCUUGCUAUCUGCCUUGAUACUCUUCCCUUCUCUCUCCAACUGGAACAAAUAUCCCCUGAACCUCCAGAACCUUGACUUCAGUAGACCAUGCUACACUCCCAGAAAAGACAGAUCUUGGUGAUUAGUAGAACAAUAUCAACAAAAAGCUUGAAAUAAGAGGUGGAUGAGAUUUAAGAAUAAGAAUCAUGAAUGAUGUAGAAAGGGCAGUCAACUCUGACUUUUUCCAUUUGGAUAUAUAUUUCUAUGAGACAUCGUUUUUUGGAUAAAUUUAGAAUCAGAUAUUUGAAAUACUAUAUGACAAAAUUUAAAAAUGAAAAAGAAUUAAUUAAAUAAUUAUUUUAAUUAAAUGUCAUUACUAAUAAUAUUUUACAGUAAAAAGGGUUUUAUAAUGUUAAUAGAAUAAAAAUUUAAAAUAUUCUAUUUCUUUCAUGAGAUUUGUAUUGUCAUGUGACUUUUAUCAUGACACAAGCAAUAUGGAAAUAUGUAUUAUGUGAAAGUACAGAUAUAACCUAUGUCUGACUAAUAUCACCCCUUUGGGAAGGGAGCGGAGGGAGAGAGAAAACUUGAAUUCUAAAAUGUUGAAAAACUAUUGUAAAAAAUUGCUUCUACAUGUAAUUGAAAAAAAAUAAAAAUGUUAAAACCUGAAAAAUAAAAUAUAAGUAAAAAUAUUAUUUCAUUUUAUUGUCUGUAAAAAUCCCACUUUUGGUUUAUGACUUAUAUAAUUUCUAUAUUUAUUACAUAUAAUUUAUAACAAUAUAUGUAAUAUUAUUAGACUAUAACUUUAAUAAUAGUAUAUGAUAUUUGCCCAGUAGUAAAUGUGUAUGAUUUAUAAAUAAACAAUACAUUCAUAAAA